AUGGUCCUUCUUAAACAGCGUUUUAUAGCUGCACUUACUUUAUUUGAAAUGAGAGGCACGUACAAUGAAAUUGCUCAACGUGUUCAGAACGAGCAGAAAGAAGAACGGCUGACAAGAUAUCCAGUUGUUUUGUUCAAAUGGAACGAAGUGAAAGUGCCACUAACGGUAUCGCUUUGGCUCGUUGGUGCCAGUAUAGCUAAAAUUAUUUUUCACGCAAUUCCUCAUUUGACAGAAAUGUUUCCCGAUUCAGCGCUAUUGAUUAUGAUUGGUCUCAUUAUAGGGAUCAUUUUUAACAUCAUAGGUGUAGCAAAGAAUGAUUUCUUCCUCGAUAGUGAAGUCUUCAUGCUGUAUCUCCUUCCACCUCUGGUUUUCGAUGCCGGAUACUUCAUGCCGGCACGGCAAUUCUUCGAUAACCUCGGUUCGAUUCUCUGCUUUGCUAUUAUCGGCACAUUUAAUGUUUUAGCUGUCUCUCUAUGGGCAAUAUCUCUGACGGGUUUGUUCUCCGUCGAAACACCACUCAUUCAUUUGCUCUUAUUCGGUUCCGUGGCGGCUGACGUGGACCCGGUCGCGGUCAUCGUCAUCUUUGAAGAAUUGGGGGUCAACGACAUUUUAUUUAUCAGUGUAUUUGGCGAGUCACUUCUCAACGAUGGUGUUUCUGUUGUUUUCUAUCGUAUGUUCUCAUCGUUCACUGAAAUCGGAGCUGAAAAUCUCAUUGCGAUGGAUUACAUGAAUGGAAUCAUAUCUUUUUUGAUCGUCUGUUUUGGUGGAAUCGGUAUUGGCCUACUAGUAGCACUUUGUGCCAGCUUCAUUACGAAGUACACUAACCAAGCAGAUGUUAUUGUGCUCAACCCGGUUUUCGUGAUUGUUCUUCCAUUUUGUGCCUAUUUGAUGGCUGAGAUGUUCGGUCUAUCCAGUAUAAUGGCAUUUUGCUUCAUAAAUCUGUUUUUGGUUGCAAUUCAGGUGCUAUCGAUGAGCUCGGAGACCGUGAUUUUUGUGUUUCUCGGUCUCUCCACGGUGUCAUCCGACCACCAUUGGGAUACACCAUUCAUAGUGUUGACCACAGUGUUCUGUCUCAUAUAUCGAACUCUUGGGGUUGUUGUGAUGUGCUUCGUACUUAAUAAAUAUCGUCUGAACAAAUUCUCCAAGGUCGACCAAUUCAUACUAGCUUACGGUGGGCUCCGUGGCGCUAUUGCUUACGGUUUAGUUGUGGCCUUACCAAAUAUUCCUGCUAAGAAUAUGUUCGUCACCAGCUGCAUUGUCGUUAUCUAUUUCACUGUUUUCUUGCAGGGUAUUAUUCUCAAGCCAAUGGCGGAACUUCUACAAGUCGAGAGGAAGAGCUUACAUAAAAAGAACAUGACUGAGUACAUAUAUCAAGAGCUCAUUGACUACACUAUGUCAGGAAUGGAGGACAUUGCCGGAUUUAAAGGACAUCAUUGGAUCAGAGACACGUUUCAGUACGUAAACAACAAUUACCUAAAACCUAUUCUUGUAAACCGAAGAAGCAUGAAGAGAAUGGAUAACACAAAAAUUGUACGAAUGUUCGAACGACUACAACUGCAAGAUGCUAAGGAUCUCGGACAGGGUGAUGUUUCCAAAAAUCAAAUAUUCGUGCAGGCUUUGAUUGAUCAUACUCGGAGUAGAAGCAGCACUGUCAGGUACACAUAUUAUAUAUCCAUUAUGGACACUAGAUUCUUAACAAACAGGAAUCUAACUUCUCGAUGUAUUAACGACCUCAAUAUUAGAAAAACCUAG